CUCUCGGCCUCCCUCUUCUACUCCCAGUUUAGCCUCAUCCCGUCCGGCCAUCGACUGACUGGACUGUCGGUGUGAUACGGCGCACACUUUCCUCGCAGUAGCAGCCAGACUCUGCGGCUUCAUCCAAACCUGACUGCCAACGUUCCCACCCGGAACUGAGAGUCGAGCGCACUGCCCGGCUGACCUCACGCCUUUUCUUACUCUCCGCUCGCUCCCUCGCCAUGGAGCACUUCACCUUUCAGCCAGACCAAGUGCUGGCCGACGGGAGCUUCGACCAGACCUUCUACGACGCCAACGCCUUCCAGCAACCCUCCAGUCAGACGGGCACCUGGCCGCUUCAUCUCGACCAGACCGCCGUAGCCAUGUCGCACAACAACACCACGACCACCGGCACCACAUCGACCUCGGCCGCCGACGACGAGGUGCGGAGGUCGCACGCAAUUGCAACAACAGCGAGCCUGGGCAUACGGACGUCGAUGCCCGCCGUGACCGACAUUUCACCGCUGCAAACCACCACCUACGCCUACAGCCAGGCCUUUGCCCCGUCAGCCGGAAUGCUCACCACCAACGAGCUGGCAUUCGGCCUGAUCACGGACCACUCGGCCUUCAGCCAGCAGCACACCUCGUUUCAGGACUCAAUGGCCUUCACCGGCACCUAUGGGAUGCCAAUUCACCAGUCCCCCGUCGACAAUCUAGUCGCAGGCCAGGAACCGAUACACAAUAACAGCAUCGACUCCUCAUACAUGACUCCCUUCCAGUUGGCCAAUCUCUCAAGCGAGGUGCCUUUUCCAUUCGCCGACCUCAACAACAUCCUGGAAAACACCUCGACCUUUGGAAUGACCACCGGUGCUCAAUUUGCUACGAGUCUCGCGAGCCACUCUCCGCAGGACCAGUGGCUCACUCGAUCGUUGUCCAGCAGCGGUAGUGAGCACAGCUGGACUUUUGUCGACCUUCCGCAGGGGCGCCAGUCAGUUGAUGGCUAUUCUGAUGUCUCCCACAACGCCGUCGUCAGCCCUAUGCAUCUUCAUAUCCGCACCGACUCGAAUUCGUCGCAAGACUCGGAAGCGCCGCCACUGUCGGCACAUUCCAACUCUAGCGGAUACGUCGAACUGUUCCAGGUGUCACCGGAGCCGGAGUCUCACGAUCAUUGUGACAACGGCCACGUGCCUCAUACGAUGCCGAUGUCCCAUGCUGGUCGUUCGGCUUUCCACAGCCCAAUGCCUGUCAUCUCCACUGCACCGUCCAUGACUACCGUUUCUAGCCCGAGCUCGUCUGGACAAGCGUCUUCGCCUGACGCCUCCGUUGCCGGUUCCCCGAAGACAAAGAGAAGGAACAGCCCCAUCUCGCCUGCUGGCGUCACCCAGAAGACGAUCGUCAAGAAGAAGCCAGCACCAGCCUCCAAGGAGAAGGCCGAGAAGAAGGUCGGCAGGAGAAAGGGCCCGCUUCGUCCAGAGCAGCGGCAGCAGGCGCAUGAGAUACGAAAGCUGCGUGCGUGCCUGCGUUGCAAGUUCCUGAAGAAGGUGUGUGACAAGGGCGAUCCGUGCAGCGGUUGCAAACCGUCGCACGCCCGCCUGUGGCAAGUGCCUUGCACGCGUCUCGCGAUCCAAGACAUUGCCUACUUCCUCAAGGGAUGGAAUGCCGACUACGAGCGUCACGUCACCAUGCAGGUGUCGAUAGCCAACAUCAAGGGCUUCUCGCCGUACAACCGCGAGCUUUGCAUCACCCACGGCUACGGCUACAUGUUCCGCGUUCGCGUCAGAGAGGUCUUCCUCGUGGACGACAAGGACAUGGGCAUCGACUGGGUUGAGACGAUUCAUGAGACUCCCCGCGAGUUCGAGAUGCAGACUGCUCGUCUGUCGGCCGACAACGACGGCAUCUCGAGACACCACCUUUCUCAGUACGUCGAGCAGCACCUUUUCACGUUUGAGAAGUUCGUCGACGAAUACUUCGAGUCAACACCUUUUGUCAUGGAGCUGCUGAAGACCAUCUAUCGUCACUACGUUCGAACGCAGAACCUGGCUCUCAAAAAGGGCCUCAAACUCGUCAUUGCCUACGCCCUGACUCUGCACAUAACCCUCAUUCACCCAGAGUCCAGCACUGACUACGAGCUCGGAGUCAUCGCUGACGAAGGUAGCCGCUACUUUGGCCAGAUUGCCUCACCUGUCAUGAUCAACUUCCAGGUCAAGAAGGCCAUGGCCGACUUGUGGCGCGAGUACAUGAAGGACGUUCUUGAGGAGCUGUCCCAACUGUAUGCUUCUGUCUACAGCGGGGACAAGUUGAAGAACUGGCCAACCAUCUUUAUGCUGGCUGCUCUGAUCCUGACUGUUUGGGAGAUGAUGCAAUUUGACCAGAAUUAUCGUGUUCCAGACAAGGAGGCCGUCGCCAAGUUCUGUGACGAGAUGGAAAGCGUCCCGGUCGGCGUCAUUGUCGGCCUAUUUAGCGCCAUCUCAACCAAGAUGCCUACGUUCCUUGAGUGGGAUAGCAGCAAGCACUCCCAAGCUGUUCAAGACAACAGAGCUGUGUGCGAUACCAUGACCGAAGUGCGUGCUCAUGUCGAAAAGCACGAGGCGUACCUUCGGGCUCGUCCAGAGACCGCUGUUUACAAUCGCGAUGACUUCGACUCGUUGUCAAACAAGUUCCUGUCUAAACUUGUCAUCCGUUCGAACGGCGCUAGUUGAGAGGCAAGUCGGUCCUCUGCAACAACUUCUUUGUGACUUUCGACGUGAUACCCACUCAUUGGUUGUUUCGACACCAAGCGAACGCAUCUCGACACAUUUGUUUCUUUUGUAUCAGCAUUUGAUUUUUUUUUUCACGAGCCUCACGACGACCGGACGUAUGACGACCGAACGCCUUUUGAAAAGUCUAACGGCCUAUUGUUUACUGCCUUUCUUCACUUCCUUCUGGAUGAGAUACCCCAGACUCCACGUACCACUACUAUCGUCUCAAUGGCGGAUAUGGUGGUACUUUAAAAACACGACACGAGUUGGAGACGAUCGUUAUCGACAAUGACGGCCUCUGCAUGCAUUAGGAAUUGAGACGCGUCAACUUUAUUGAUUUGCGUAUUUUGGAUAUUUUCAAACGAUGUAUUCAUGGCUACAUGAGUGGAAGAGAUAUCAGCAUGUUAUGUGGAAAAGCCCAUUUCAUUUAGACGGCUUUUUUUAUUGUGGUGGAAGCGUUUGGAGGGAUUCAGUGUAUGUGUGUGUCCUGAGCAUAGCAUGGCUGUUUUACGGUAUCUCUGGUGCAUGCAAAUGAUGCCAUGGAAGAUGGUCUAUGUUUGAUGUGUACGACCUUGGCAUAUUUAUCCGCAGCUUGACUAAUGCACGCUUCGAGCCAAGGACUGGCUAAAAGGCUCGCUCCGCAAGCUCUUUAUUUAGAAGGCGAUUAAAACAGAAGCAAAAUAAUGAAUCUUGUCUCAAACA